GCAAAAACACAAACUCACUCGCCAAACGAACUUACCUAAUUGGUUUCGGUUGACGCCACUCCUCCUCCACCUCCGCCCCAAAAUCCAAAAAACCACAAUUCUACGGUUCCAUAAUUAGUUUAGCAAAUUACAAUCGAAUCCGCUCUCCCGUUUCUACUAUAUAAUCUCGCCAAGCGAUGUCGACCACCGUCGACAAAAUUUCCGGUGACCUUCACAUGACGCCGGAGCUACGCAAAUCCUUCAACCUCCUCAAGACCCACGCCUCCAAAGUUGCCAACUUUAGCCUCCAAUGGCAGGACCUCGAGGAGCACUUCCGCUCCAUCGACAAUUCCAUCCAAUCCAAGCUCGACCAACUGCAAAAACAACAAUCGGAAGAGACCCAUCUCGCUCCGGCUCCGCAAUCGCAACCCAAAGAACCCGAAUUGAAUUUUAAACCCAAUUCCGAAGAACCCCAAUUGGGUUCCGGUGACGCCCAAUUGAGUUCGAAAGAAUCCCAAGUCACCGCCACCCUCCAGUCCUUUAAAACCCAAUUCGAUUCCGUCGAAACCCAAGUCAAAACCGACGAGCCUUUGCCGGAAAUGUCGACCUCUAAUGGCGUCCCGAUAAAUGCCGGCAAGGCGUUGCUGUUGUAUGUGAAUGAGCAUUUGAAAGAGCGGGGUUCGGUGCGUGACGGUGUUGCGGAUGCGCUUAAGGUUUCUUUGGAUGCUGGGAAGCUAGUGCUCGAGGCAGUGAAAUGGUUUUAUCCAUCAGAGUCGAAUGAGGGAGAUAAGGAGCUUGACGUCACUGUUACUAGGAAAAGUUGUGCGAUUUUGUUACAAGGGCUGGUGAAUGUGAAACCAGUGAUUAAACCCGAUAUCUUCAGAGAGGCAAUGAAGCUUGCAUUGGCUUGGAAGGCAAAGGUGAUAACUCAAAUGUCGAACUCUUUGGAGGUUUGGGCUUUUUUUCAGCUUCUGGAUGCUUUUGGGUUGGGUGGUGAGUUUGACAGUGAUGAGAUUUUGAAGCUUUUUAGUUGCGUAGCAGAUCGGAAUUCUGCACCGGAGUUGUUUAGGUCUCUUGGUUUCGCCGAUAAAGCCUCUGAUUUCAUCCAAAAGCUUGUAUCAGAGAAUAAGCGGCUUGACGCUGUUAGAUUCAGUCAUGCGUAUGGACAGUUUGACAAGUUCCCCCCUGUACCCUUGCUUAAGGCACAUUUAAAGUUCAUCACGAAAGAUGCAAGGACAAGUUCCAAGAGGGGGCAAGACCGUCUUAAAGCACAGGAUGAGGCCAUAGACAAAGAAAUAGCUGCUCUAAGAGGCAUAAUACGUUGCGUUGAGGACUACAAGCUUGUCGUUGAACCAGAAUAUUAUCCCGAGAUCCUUGGAAAACGCAUUAGGCAGCUCAGAAGGGAGAGAAAAGAGAAGAAAGCAACUCUAACAGCUCCUGGCCGUAAGGCUCAGCCGCAACCCCUGAGUGGUAAGAAACGUACUGCCCCAGGUCAGCCAAAUAAGCAGAACAGAAAUAAGCAUCCUCGAACAGCUCGAGCUUUAGCUGCUCAAACUGUUUCUUUCAGAGGACCAGCCACAGUACGCGCUAUACAACCAUCUUAUAUUCGCCAAGUAAGCUUGUAUGACAGUCGAAGUGCAGAAUACUUGUUAUCGUCGGCUGGAAUGCCCAGACAAGCAACCACUCCGCCCAGUACUUCUUAUGGCACCAUUUCCACCUUGAACCCACUGCGAGCAUCUCAUCAUGAGCAAGGAGGCUCAUUCAUCGGUCAAGGUGCAGAAUACCCUUCUCGGUACUAUGAUUCAGCACACUACGCUCCUGAUACUAAUAAUAACUUAUCUGCUCGAUCGUAUGAUUUGGUGGGUUCCUCUCCUGGUACCCGUGGCCAGCUCGUGAACUUGACAGCUCGAGACUAUGGAUUGACAGGUCCGUCUCAGGUACAUACUAACUCAGAACUUGGGGGCAGUGGUCAUGUAACUUCAGAUCUGAGCCCAUUAGUCGCACGAUACAGAACAAGUAUAGCUGCAAAUGGAAGGACUGGACGGUUAGGAUCAGCAGGAAGCCCUAUACCAGUGCGCAUUGCAAGCCCGAACAGUUCCAUCCCUUAUGCCUAUAGGGAUCCGCUUAGGGCGCCUAAUUACAAUGACCGGGCAGUGUGUUCCAGCAGUGGCUAUGGCGCGCCGUCUCAGCACCCCCCAGCCAUUUAUCACCUUUAGUCCGAUCCUAUAGUUCUUGGUAAAUUACAUUCACAACCAGUGAUUUCUGACGGUGUUGGAAGCUUCUGAUCUGCUAUGUUUAUGGAUGAAUUCAUUGAUUGCCUUUUACCCUUUUAAGGAGAUAAUAAAAUUAUCCAUUUUGCUUGGGUGUA